UGUAUGGAACGACUGUAUCGUCAACGACAAUAACACGGAGAAAACAUGAGAUCUGUUUACUGUAUACUGAAUUAAUAUACACACUUUCUAUACUUAAAGUGAAAUAGGUAUAUGUUUGAAAUUGUGCGAGAGCAAGAGGGAAAGUGCACUCUAAUGCAGUCGAGUGCAGUAACAAAAAAACAAACCUGUAUUAUUGCUUGAUGAAGGUCUAACCAGGUGACGUGAUGCAAUAACAAAAGAAAUCAGGUUAGAAGAAUAAGGGAUACGAUUUAAAUGCCCUUACUACGCAAGGUGCUGCUGAGGUUGACCGUCCUCGCGUUACUCUUGGUUGCUCUAUAUUGCUAUCAGACAUCCGAUGGAGGACGGUGGAUUGUAUUUAGUCCCCAAACAAAAGAUGCAAACAUUACGGCUGCCUCAGUGACGACUGCUUAUUCCAUCAAUUAUUUGUCUUCGACAGCGAGUAUCGUGCCACAAAAUGAAACGAAUUAUUACAACGUAUGGUGCAUUUUUACCAAGGUUGCCACAAACUCACCUAUGAGACGCAAGUUCCAAAUAUUUACAGACUCCUUGCUCAGAUACGCCUCUGUAAAUAUUGCCUUCCAUGUGAUAAGCGACGACGACAGUCGAGAUAUAGCUGCGAUUGUUAUCCAAAAUGUUAUGGUCAGCACUGGAAAAUUUAUGGAAGUGUUUUAUUACAAUGUACACCAACUAGCAGCACAAUUGGAGGAUAUUGUGUCAGUUAUGUCGCCACAUUUCAGCAGCAAACCAGGGACGUAUUAUUCCGAUGCAUUAUUCUUCAUUUCUCUGGGUUUGCACAGAAUCGCACCCACUCAUCAGAGACUUGCCGCGAUGUUUGAUGCGGAUACAAAAUUUCGUAGAGACGUGAAGGAUUUGUUCGAAGAAUUUAACAAGUUCGGAGAGGAAGCCCUGUUUGGCUUAGCUCCAGAGCUCACUCCAGUUUACCGACAUGUUUUGUACUUGUAUCGUAAUAAACAUCCGACUACGAUGUUUGGUGAACCCCGACAUAAAGGCGGAUACCCUGGCUAUAAUAGUGGGAUGGUGCUCUUUAAUUUGGAGAAAUUACGGAAAUCGCGUACAUACAAUGAGAUUAUCAAUAAAAAUAGCGUGGAUGCUAUAACGAAAAAGUAUCAUUUUAAGGGUCACUUAGGCGAUCAAGAUUUCUACACACUUCUAGGCAUGGAAAGACCAGAGCUGAUUCACGUGGUUGAUUGUGGCUGGAACAGGCAACUUUGUACCUGGUGGCGUGAUCGUGGUUAUGCAGAUAUAUUUGCUAACUAUUCAGAGUGCAAUUCAGAGACCAAGUUGUGGCAUGGAAAUUGCAAUACUCUUAUACCUGAUUUAUGAUCCAUGGCGGUAUGAGUAAAUUGGCCUCGCGCUUGCAGUUCUCAUUGUGCUUAUACAUGGUGCUAGACACUGUAUCUGUUCAUCUGACUGAGACAUAAAAGAUAACUUGCAUUUUUAGGUCUAAUGAAAAUGGUGCUAAAAGAAUGAUACAGUCUUAAAGCAUUAAGGAAUUGUAAAUAAGAUGACACCUAACAAUUACGUUUUACAUUAAUUAAUGAAAUUCGGAAAGUUUUAAUUACUUUAGAGAUGAUGAAGAAAAUAGGAAAAUUUUUCCUCUGUCGUUCUUUUUCUAUUUUUUUCAUGCUCUCUUAUUUUUGGAUAUUUACUUCCAAAGGCUGUAGAUUUACAUAAGUAUAUUUUUUGUUAUAUAGUUGUAUAAUACAAUCUUUUAAUAGUAGAUUCUUAUAAUACAAUUGGAAUCUUCUUUCCAUUCUAAGUUUCUGUUCCUAUCGAGACAAGGGUACUAUGAUUAUUAUAUUAACUAAUGAUGUAUUAUACGAUAUUACGUAAUGUUAUGAAUAUACACAAUUUCUGUUAA